AUGCUCAAAGCCGGUCGUCUUGACCGCAAGUACAAUGGUAUCAUUGACUGCUUCAGCCGAACCAUGAAGAGCGAAGGUGUCAUGGCUCUGUGGAGAGGUAACACUGCCAACGUUAUCCGAUACUUCCCUACCCAGGCGCUCAACUUCGCCUUCCGUGACACCUACAAGUCGAUGUUCGCCUUCAAGAAGGAGCGUGAUGGAUACUGGAAGUGGAUGGCCGGUAACUUGGCCUCUGGUGGUGCUGCCGGUGCCACUUCCCUCCUCUUCGUCUACUCCCUCGAUUAUGCUCGUACCCGUCUUGCCAACGAUGCCAAAUCCGCUGCCAAGGGUGGUGGUGGCCGUCAAUUCAACGGUCUUCUCGAUGUCUACCGCAAGACCCUGGCCUCCGAUGGUAUUGCCGGUCUCUACCGUGGUUUCGGUCCUUCGGUUCUUGGUAUCAUCGUCUACCGUGGUCUGUACUUCGGCAUGUACGACUCUAUCAAGCCCGUUCUCUUGGUCGGUCCUCUCGAGGGUAACUUCUUGGCCUCUUUCUUGCUCGGCUGGGGUGUCACCACUGGUGCCGGUAUCGCUUCCUACCCUCUUGAUACCAUCCGUCGUCGCAUGAUGAUGACGUCCGGUGAGGCCGUCAAGUACAAGAGCUCGUUCGAUGCUGCCCAGAAGAUCAUGGCUGCUGAGGGUAUCCGAUCCUUCUUCAAGGGUGCUGGUGCCAACAUUCUCCGUGGUGUUGCUGGUGCCGGUGUGCUCUCCAUCUACGACCAGGUCCAACUUCUCAUGUUCGGCAAGAAGUUCAAGGGCGGUUCUGGCUAA